AUGGACGACGACGCAAACGACAACGACACGUCCACGGCCCAUCACCACCUCCCACAAGGACUCCCCACCACCCGACGGCACAACACAACGACACGAGACGACAACGGCAUAACGACAACGGUACGCACAGACAACACAAUGAGACACAACGGCGACGAGGACCACCCAGCAACGGCAACGACGGCCCAGCACGACCCCCCCCAGCAACGGCAACGACGGCCCAGCACCACCACCCAAUGGCACGAACCACAACCACAUACAAACAGACGACGCCGACGACACACCACGUCGACGACGACACGACACACCAUGUCGACGACGACGACGACACACAACAACAACGACAACACAACGACAUGA